GGUCAGUGCCCGGGGUGAGGGGUGCGCAGGGGGCGGUGUCCCCCUGAGAGGGCAAACCCCCUGGCAGUGGGUGCAGCCGGGCUGGCUUUGCUCUGACCAAGUGCCAGCUCACGAAAUUCUUAUUUUUCCUAAUUUUUUUUUUUUUUUUUUUUCUUUUUGGCUCCAUGUUCUGUCAGCACCAAGCCCGAGCUGAGGUGGGGACCCGGAGCACCCGGAGGUGAGCCUGCCCGGGGCGGUGGGGCCCCGGCGGCACCUGCCGCAGGCCGGCGCUGGUGCUCUCCCAGGGAGCGCUGAGGCGGCCUCAGUGCACACGGCUGUCCCGCUGCCCGAGGGGACCCUGCGCGCUCGUACACAGAGUUGCGUUCGGCCAAAGGUACGAAAGGAAACGAAGCGCGCGAAAGGAAGGAAGGAAACGGCGUCCGAGCUCUGCAGCCCGGAGGCCGCGGGGGAAAGGGGAGCUGCGCCUUCCGCGGUGCCGCGCAGGAGGCCUGGGACAAAGCAGGAUUUAAACCCUGUUACUGGUGUUUUGGGACCAUCCCCUGACAUGGCUCUCUUCUGCAAGUUGAUACUUGGAUAAGAUUCUGGUUGUCAACAUGAAAGGAAAAACUGUACAAUGUGAUUGGAAAUCUGCACUCCAAAAGAAGCCCUCUCCCUGUGAUCGAUAUAAACACACUUGCAUUAUUUGCAGAGGAUUUGUUUAUCUCUAUGGAGGGAGAAACUGCACCAGUCUUAAGGAUUUCUGGCGAUACAACAUAGUGAGAAAUGAAUGGGAAAUGCUGGAUUGCUCAAGAAACGGUCCAGGAGAACUGGAAGAACAUUCAAUGGUGGCUUAUAAGGGAACCCUGUAUAUUUUUGGUGGGAUGGUGGAUUCAGCUUUCACACAAGCAAAAACUCCUCUCUGGAUAUAUGACAUUGAUUCUGCAAGAUGGACAGAGUGCCGUAACGUACCAGCAGAGACUGAGAGCUCAGCACCAACUAACAGAAAAGGUCACAGUGCAGUAGUGUACCAUUCCAGCAUGUACAUCUAUGGGGGAUACUUUGGCAUCAGAGGCAUUUCACAGGAGUUUUGGACUUUCCAUUUUGAUACAAGGAAGUGGCAGUGUGUUCCCACCCCACCUCACAACACUGGCCCAGGGCCUCGGCACGGCCAUUCAGCCGUUGUUUAUCGUACGGGCAUGUACCUCUUCGGAGGACUGAUGGGGCUGAGUGAACAGAAGGACUUGUGGAAGUGGGACUUCGUAAGCAGCAGCUGGGCCAACAUCAGAACAAGCCAAGGACCUCCUCCAGUGGUAGGUCAUGCUUCAGUAGUCUUCAAAGACUCUAUGCUGAUUUUUGGUGGAGGGAUUUCAAAUUCCAGUCCUCAUGAUGACCUCUGGAAGUAUCAGUUCCAUACGCAGAUGUGGAAGAAGCUUAGUUUGCCUACAAAGGCAAACUUCUCUCCUAAAAUGUAUCACUGCAUCUUAGGAAUCGGUGUUGACUUCCAAACUACCUCAGAUUUCACUAAUACGUUCCCCAGCCAUCGGAAGGGUAAGCAGAAUGAUCCCCAGCAGCUGGUGCCCGUGCCGAAGCACACGCGCUUUUGCAACUACUUCCGUCAGCAGCCGGCGUACCGAGCCUUCAGCAACGAGGAAAGUGACGCGAUUGAAAUGAAAACCUUCAGCUCGCCUCUGGAGCCACGGGGCUUCUGUGCGUUUCAAACCACUUCAGAGGCAGAACUAGACCCAAACGGAGCAGCAAGCCUUCUCUCAAAGGACAAGUCUCUCCCUCUGUUUGUCUCUUCAGAAGAAGAGACUUUUGCUGCUGCUCAGAUUGUGGGAGAAGAGGAGGAAACCGACUGCCAGCAUGCGACCGCAGUGGAUGAGGUUAGCAGGGAUACCAACGUGCUGCUGCUCAUUGGGGGUAAACCUUUGUCCAGCUUCUCUGAGAUCUCAUUCUGGCAAAUGGAGUUUGAGAGAUUGUGAUCGCUUUGAUGGCAAAGCGAAAGAAUAAAUUUCCACCAGUGUGCCAGUAGGUGGUAAACCAACUGCUUGCAACUCUCUUCAAUUUCCUAUCAGCACACUGGGGAGGAAGGAAAAAUUAAACCACCUCACUCAUACUUGCUGCGAACAGAUUUUUUGCAAUGUGAACAAAACCUGACAUAUAUUUAAGUCACAACUUGCAUGUAAAUUGCAAUUUCUGAGAGGAGUUUGUUAGAAUGUUGCUCUUUUUGUUACUUUUCUUCUGGUCAGUUAAUAUCCUUUCAAAUUGCAGUGGCUGAUGCUGCCUUGAAAGUCAGAAUGACAGGUAAUCUCUGCUGGCUCCGUAACUGCCAUUUCAGCUGCAAAGCUUGUUCAUUUUGCACCGGGAUUAAAAGUAAAAAUGCACCCAUGAAGCUAUCCGAAUCAAGUUUGCACACGCUGCAGUCACAUUUGAGGAAUCUGCUGAAUCUUAAUGGUAACAUUUUCUAAGAUUUUUAAGAUUUUGUUUUCUUGAAAGAGUGCUCUUUCCCCAAUAUAUUUGCAACAUGAGAUGGCCUAUAACAAAGAAUAAACCCAACAGGCAAACUAGCAAGGGAAAUCUAGAAGAUAUUCUAGGACUGCAUCUAACCCUGAGGAAGUGAAACCACGAGUCCCCCUGACACUGAUCUGCAGCAUUAGACCAGAGGAAGUGUGUUACACCUGGAAGAACAAACUAGUUUCCCAGUAAAUGUUAGGUUUAAUGACCGAGCACAGGAUCAAAAGCAUUUGACUUUCUAUUGGGGGUGGAAAAAAAAAAAAAAAAAAGGAAGGCUUGACAGGAUUAGCAUGAAACCUAAAUUGUUCUGACUGGUAACUCAGAUUUUGGCCACAAAGGGGAUUUCUGCUUUUCCAACUCCAUCUCUAGUUUGUCAACAUACAUAGUAUUUGUUACACAUUUCCCCUUACACUAGUAAAUCCUGAGUUCAUGUAUGGUUUGUUUUCCUUUGUUGAAAAGAAAAUGUGCUUUUUUAGACAGAUAAUACUGUCCAGUGUUUCAAGCAUUUAUUUCCACCGAAGUUAAUAAGACACUGUCCUUCUGACUGAACUUCAGCUGUCUGUACAAAGAGAUGCUAAAGUUUGGAAUUACUAGAAAGUGUAAUUUAAUACUUCUGAAUAUUUGAAAAGAUCAUUCAGAAGUUUCAUAGGAAUAAUGAAUUGUAGCUGAGAGUAUUUACAGAUGCUUUCAUCAUUUCUUUACAAGUAGCUGUCACAUGAAUUCAAGGGGAAAAUUAUAGAGGAGUUCGCAAAAAGCUACUUGAGAGUUAUUUGGAUCUUCUGUGACCUUUGGAAACAGAGGAUUGUAUGCUGCCAUACAAAUAAAGCCUGCUGCAUUUCGUAUCAA